AUGGAUGUGGCAGCGAUCUGCUCGUUGCUGUGUGUUUUCGUAGCUUUAAAUGUGUCUCUCGUAGCUGCUCAAAAUGACCAACACAAUGUGAGCUGCGAGGAUCUGCUGCCUGGGCAGUUUCAGUGCUUGCCGCCCAUGAUUGACUCUAAAACUCAAGCUGCUGAAGGCUGCACUAAGGAGCGUAAUGUGCUAGUACCAUGCUUUCCAUCACCCAGGACCUAUUGUAAUGGUCGCUUGUUUGACGGCAAUGAAACGAGAGAAGAAGCCGGCUUCUUCCGCAAUGUUUCGUGCCGACAUGUCGGCGGUAAAAGCUACAAGACCGCAGUGGGCCUGACAUUCCUGGGUAUGUUUGGCGUGGACCGGAUGUACCUCGGCUAUCCAGCACUUGGCCUCCUGAAGAUGUGCACAUUUGGAUUCUUUAUGCUUGGCCAGCUGGUGGAUAUGGUGCUUAUAGCAGCACAGGUUGUGGGCCCAGCCGACGGUUCAGACUACUACAUCGACUUCUACGGUCCGGUCACAACUAAUUUACGGCACAACGCUGAGACAUAUCCACACAUGACAUGA